AUGAGUGACAGGCGUGUUCCGGAACCUCCAGGGACCAUACUACUAGGAAUGCACCUGUCCUCUCCUCAGAUCAUCCUGAAGCUUCAGCCUGGACAGACCCUCAUCGCCCAGAACUGCAACAAGCCCCAGGACAAGUUCAUCUGCCCCAUGUGUAGAAAGGUGAACAUCUUACCUGACAAGGGACUCAAUGGGUUGAAGAGGAACAUGUUUGUUGAGAACGUUGUGGCGAUAUUGAAAGAAAGGACAGAGAGUAACGAGGCUAAGCAGCAAGCUCUGAAGGAAUUCAUGUGCCCUGAUCAUAAUGAAAUCAUGAAUCUGGUGUGUCUGCAGGAUAACACGUUGAUCUGCGCAGGAUGUAAACUGUUUGGCCACCACAGCACCCAUGCAGUGUCCAAGCUAUUUGAUGUGUACGAGCAGAGAAAGGAGGGCUUCGCCAAACAGAUGAAGAGUCUGCUGGACAAACAUGAAGCAAACAAAAAAUGCAUUGAGGGUUUGGUUUGCCAGAAGCAGGACCUCGUCUCGUCCUCUAAGGACAUUGAGGCUUUCCUGAAGAAGCUGGGGGACAGUCUGAUCUGGGAGAUCCAGAGGAAGGUGAGCCACAUGGUCACGAAGGUCCACACGGAGUGCUCCAUGAGGUGCCGUUGCCUCCAGGAUGGCAUGGACGAACUCAGCGCUCCCCAGAAGGUCCUGGAGCCAGUGGACUGGUCAGCCCAGUAUAGAGAGUCCAUCUCCCUGGGUCAGUAUGUAGAGGACCUGAUGUCCGGCAUUGACAUCUGCAGGAUGGGCACCGUGAGAGGGAAGAGCCUGGUCAAGAACAUCUCUCAGGACCUCAAGGCCUGGAGGUCUGGGAGGACCAGCUUUGACCCGACGGCCUACAGGAGUUUGGACGUGAUGCUGACCAAGACAGCCUCCCUGGUGGAGCAGGGCGAGGACGACUCAGAUGACUCAGACUCUGACACCUGCCUCAGCUGGGAGACACACAGCACUUCUGAAGAGGAAGGGGCCACCGGAGACACCAAACAGAAAGCUUGA